CUUCUGAGCAUGCGGGAAGCGGGUGGUUCGAAGGCGCUGCCCGCGUCCGAACCGGCGGGGAAGGCGACCGCGGAGCCCGGCGGCCGCGCAUGCGCCCUGGCGCCUGAAAGCGCCUCAGCGGGGGUCGCCGAGGCUUAAGUGAAUAAGAAUGUCACUAGUGACAGUCCAGCUUGGUCAGUGUGGCAAUCAGAUUGGCCACGAGGUGUUCAGUGCUAUCUGCAGUGACGUCCGCGGCACACAUGGGUUGUGUUCCAAGAAGGAGAAUGAAUCCUACCAUGACGCUUGCAAAGAACGUUUUUUCAGUGAGGAGGAGUCUGAAGUACCUGUUGCCCGAGCUGUGCUGGUUGACAUGGAACCUAAAGUAAUCAGCCAAACCUUAUCAAUAGCUGCCAGGUCUGGCCACUGGAAAUACGACGAUCGGUCACACUUCUGUCAGAAGCAAGGGUCUGGGAACAACUGGGCAAACGGUUAUUCUGUUCACGGGCCUAGACACAAAGAAGUAAUAAUGAAUCUUGUACAAAGAGAAGCAGAGAAAUGCGACCGACUGGGUGGAUUUUUCACGAUGAUGAGCAUGGCUGGGGGUACAGGGUCUGGCUUGGGAGCAUUUGUGACCCAGUGUUUAAGAGAUGCUUUUCCAACCUCGUUUAUACUAAACCAUGUUAUCUGGCCCUACGGCACUGGUGAGGUCAUUGUUCAAAACUACAACUCUGUUUUGACUCUGUCACACUUGUACCGGUCAUCAGAUGCCCUUCUCAUUCAUGAGAAUGAUGUCAUCCACAAGAUCUGUGCUCAGCUGAUGAAUAUUAAACAGAUCUCCUUCAGGGAUGUAAAUCAAGUCAUUGCACAUCAGCUGGGGAGCGUUUUCCAGCCCACUUACACAGGAGAGAGUGGCUUACACUACAGCAGAAACCCAUUAGGAGACUUAAUGGAGACGUUAGUUCCACAUCCUGAAUUCAAGAUGUUGGGUCUUCGUAACAUACCUCAGAUGCCUGAAAACUCCCUCGCUUAUAGCGUGUUCAGUUGGCCUGGACUCAUCAAACAUUUAAGGCAGAUGCUCAUUGCUAAUGCUAAAAUGGAGGAAGGUAUUGAUUGGCAAGUGAAACCACCACGUCUGGGCUCCUCCAUCCCCUCCAGUCAUUCCACAAAUAAGCCACUGCAUUUCAAUACUUCCAUUGCUAACCUGGUUAUCCUGCGAGGAAAAGAUACACACGGCGUAGACUUAGGAAGUUUCCGAGAUCCCUCAUUAUACACAUCAUGGCUAAAGCCUCAGGAUGCUUUUAAUGCCUGGAAAACACCAAGAGCAUUUAACAAGUAUGAGAAGUCUGCUUCUUUGGUCAGCAACAGCCAGUUCCUCCUGAAACCUCUUGAUGAUGUUGUAGGAAAAGCUUGGAAUAUGUUUGCUUCCAAAGCCUACAUUCACCAGUACACCAAAUUCGGCAUCGAAGAGGAAGACUUUCUGGACAGCUUCACAGCUCUGGAACAAGUUAUCUCCAGCUACACCACCCUUUGAUUUUUUUUUUUUUAAACGGUCUGAAAUAGAGCUUUCCUGAAACAACCCAGGACUGGAAAACCUUCCAUCAACUUCCUGGAGUAUAUUAAUUACUGGACUGUAGCUAUUUUUGAAGUUUUGUAAGCAGUGUGUGUGUGUUAGAGAGUAAGAAUUGAAUCAGAACUGAAUAUAUUCAUAUGGGCAGGCCAGGUACAGAAGCACUAAAAUCCUCCCCCUCCCCUGGAGAACCUGUUCUCAGAGCAGCUCUGCCACCUGACACCAGGAAUGGCAAAAAGACUUCUGACAAGAUUCAAGGAACUGUACAAGCAAAUCUGAAGAAAAUAAAAGAAACAAGGAAAGAUUGCACAAGAAGUUAAGAUAAACAGCGCAGGCAAUCCGAGUUUGCAAGGAACAAAGGGUCAGGAGAGGAGACAGAAUGAUACCAGACUGAGAACUUCCAGCAUCAGAAAUGAGAAGACAUAACUCCUCAUCUGAAAAAAUGACCGAGUCCCAGGGACCCAUACUCUUCCUCAUUGUUCCACAAACAGGUCCGGGUUCUUCCAGAGACAGAAAGGAAAUGCUGAGCACACAAACCUGGUUUUCAAGCCUUUUCAACAGAUGGAGAGCGCCCAAGAAACCCGCGGUCUCAGGAAAGACACACACAUCCCUCAAAACUCCCACAGCUUCUAACACAGCUCACUUUGGAUUUUUCUCCAACACACUUCAAAGUGGAUGAUUGACUGUUUCCAACCGUAACUGAAAAUAUAUACAACAAAAGGAAACUUUGGAUUAAGG